UCUCAUCUCCAAUGAUUACCUUGUUAACUUCCUACUGCAAUCGGAAUUCCACAAAAAAUCGUUUUCUUUCCCAUGUGGAUUUCCUCUAGCUCUCAACACACGAUAAACCCGACCCAAUUUUUCGAUCAAUUCUCUCUGUCUACCCUCAAAACUUCAUGCCAAUUGUUUUCCAUCUGAUAAUGAUUUGAUGGAAGCUCAUGAAAGCUCGUUAAUGAUCGCAAAACUUCAAUACCCCAAAAUUCAACUCGAUCAUUACGAACCCAAAUUUCCCUCCCACACGGUUUCUAGAGUGGUUGAAGAAGACAGGAAAGACAGUGAUUCAUCAGCAAAAGCGAGCAUUAUAGUAGAAGAGACGAGACAGAUGAGAAAUGAUGAAACUCAGACACCUGAUGGCAGAACACACUAUAAUGAUUCAGAUGCUGGUCAUCAGAAGCUGAGUCAAUAUUUUUAUUAUGACUCACCACUAUCUGAAGAAACGGGGAUUUGGAUACCUGUCUCUGUUCCACCGAUGUCAGAAAGAGACCGUGAAGAGUGGAAUAGAGGUCUCUACUUGAAUGGCAACUACUUCCCUGAAGGGGCCAUUGGUUGGAAUCAGUUUGUUGGAGAAGAAAAGGAGAUGACUAUGUGGGAUGUGGUUCUUGAACUGUUACUUGUGGCCCGAGGAAAAGUGAGUGCUCUUUCCCUGAGUGAUGCCCGUAAAUGUGGGAUAUCAUGGAUAUCGAACCAUCUUCUUGAGCAAGCUUGGAGAGAGAUGGCUCAGACUCUUACAGAAGCUAAUUUCGGUAACAUAAAGGAAAUCCUCGAAGCAGAGCCACCAAGAUGGUUGCCUGACAGUGCUGCUUCUGCUUGCAUGCUGUGUAAUGUGCGUUUCCAUCCUAUCAUGUGUUCUAGACACCACUGCCGGUUUUGUGGAGGGCUAUUUUGCAAUCAGUGCUCCAAGGGGAGGAGUUUAUUGCCUGUAAAAUUCCGCACUGGGGACCCACAACGAGUCUGUGAUGUAUGCUGCGUGCGGCUUGAGUCGGUCCAGUCAUACUUAAUGGACCAAGUAAGUCGUGCUGCACAGUUGCCAACGCAUGAUCUGAUGGACCUUAGUACAUUGAGAUCAUGGCUCAAUUUCCCAUGGGGCCAGUCUAUGGAAUAUGAAAUUUAUAAAGCAACAAACACCAUCCGGGGUUAUAGCAGAGUUGGAACUUUGACACCUGAAAAGACCAUUCCAGAUGCUAUCUUGAAACAAGCAAAAGGCCUUGCAAUUCUUACCAUUGCAAAGGUUGGUGUGAUGAUGACCUAUCAUAUUGGAACAGGACUAGUUGUUGCUCGUAGAAAAGAUGGAUCUUGGUCUUCUCCAUCUGCCAUUUCAUCUUUUGGCAUCGGCUGGGGAGCUCAGGUUGGAGGUGAGCUGACAGAUUUCAUAAUUGUGUUGAGAACAACUGAUGCUGUCAAGACAUUUUGUGGAUAUGGGCAUUUGUCAGUUGGAGCAGGUUUGAGUGCUGCUGUUGGGACAGUUGGAAGGGCUGCUGAAGCUGAUUUUCGGGCUGGUGAUGGUGGUUAUGCCGCUUGCUAUACCUAUAGCUGCAGUAAAGGUGCAUUUGUUGGAUGCUCACUUGAAGGGAGCAUCGUCACAACCCGAACGAAAGAAAAUGCUAGAUUCUAUGGUAAUCCAAACAUCAAUGCGUCAGAUAUUCUUCUCGGGGCAUUGCCAUCACCUCCUGCAGCAGCUAUUCUCUAUCAUGCACUGUCCGGUUUGUACAAGAAACUUGAAAGGUGAUUGCUACAAGGGUUUUAGGUUCCAAAAUUUAUCCCAAAAAAGUCUGCUGCCUUGGAUGCUCGACCUACCUGUAUAUUCUGUGGCCAUGUCUUCUCCUUAUCAUAUCACUAUUCUUUUUUCAACAUCAAGCAAUUGUUACCCAAGGGGCUGUACAGAAUACAGAAAGCCAGGAAAGAAAAAGAACUGUAAACAAUCUGGGUCUUCAACUGUAAACAAUAUGAUGGGAUGAAUGGAAACUCUGUACAUUUAACUGUGGACCAUAGUUUUAAAAUCGAUUUCCUGUGCAAAAGAUCAUUGGUUGAAGUGGUAAUUUCA